GAGAAAGGAGGGGAAAUAAAUUAUUUUUAUUUGUAUUUAAUAAAAUUUGGCCUACAGGCUUUAUGUGACUCAGUACUGAACAUCUGGGAUUGAUCAUAGGAUCACAAACUGGAAAGCAGUCAUCUGGCUUCUACAAAUAAACACAUUCAGUUCCUCUUCCACAACUUUAUUUUUUUAAUGAUAAACUGCAACAGCCAUAUUAAGUCUUUUUAAUACUUGCAGCCACAGUAUUUUUAACUUUUUAGUUAUUUUUAGUAUUACUUUUUCACAUCACGGCAUCAGACAACUGUUAAAUUUCAUUUAAUCCUGGACUGGCAGUAGUGUUUGGGAUUGCCCUCCACACGCGCACACACACAAUUAAUUCACUACUAUUUUGCUUCAAAAUUUUAUGAAGCAAUGGUAGUCUUGCAACUUCGAUUUUUAUUAGUUCCAUUCCUCACAAGCGUCAUGGGAGCAGCACAAUAUAUGAUGCAAGAUGCAGCACUGAUGAACUACAUUGACCGGCGUUUCCUAUCUUCAGAGAAGAGGCUGGAAAAAUGCAACCAAGACAUACUGGAUUACGUGGAAGAAUUCCGAGACUUUUCAAAGAUGGUACUGUCACGCCUGGCAGGACUGAACAAUUAUAAGGCUGAGGUUAAAAGUGAAGUAGAGAAUUUGCUAACAAGAAUUGAACGAGCACAAAGGGACAUUGACUAUUUUGGAUCUGUCACAGAUUCUAAUACAUGUAUAGAAGUACAUGAGGACCUGGUGAAACAGCAGCUAUUUGAAGAAGCGGAAGAAAAAAAGAAACUUAAACUCAUGCUUAAUGCAAGUUGUGACCACAUGCUUGCAGGUAUUAAGUCCCUAAAGAUAGUUAAGAAGACUGGAGAUAAGCAUGGCUCUUGGAUGAAAGAUCCUGGCAAAAAGCACACAAAGAUUUAUUUAUUAAAUGGUUCUGUAAAUAAUGUUAUUUUCGAAUUUGCAAAUAUCAUGACGUUCAUGGAAAGCAAUCAUACACUAAAAGCUCGCAGAGUCACCUUGCCAUUUCCCUGGGAAGGAACUGGCCAUGUCAUAUAUCAGGGUUUCCUCUUCUAUCACAGAUAUGGCUCCUUAAAUGAGAUAAUUAAAUUCAAUAUCCAGAAAAGAAAUACAGCUGACCAAAUGCUACUGCCAGGGGCUGGAAGGAUUCCUGCCUAUCAGCUUUCUCCGUCUACAAAAAUAGAUCUUGCCAUUGAUGAGCAAGGGCUCUGGGCAAUCCAUGCAGAACCAGAGACUGGAGGAAACAUUGUAAUUACUAAAAUCAACCACAUAACCAUGGCAGUAGAGCACACUUGGGACACAUCAUGCAAUAGCAAGGACGCUGAAGCAGCUUUCAUGGCAUGCAACACACUCUAUGUUGUCUACAACUUUCCCAGUGGAGGCACCUCUCGCAUACAAUGUGUUUAUGACGUUUUGGAUGCUGUAAAUACUUACGAAAUCCCAGUAUUGCACUUUCCAAAACGUCAGGGUAGCCAUUCCACUAUACAUUACAAUCAUAAAGAAAAGCAACUCUUUGCUUGGGGUGAUGGAUCCCAGAUCAUUUACAAGCUUAACACAAAGCAAAAAGUUUAGAGUCUUUAGCAGCUUUUCAGCUACACUUAAAAGCUAGCAGUCCCAUGUCAACAUGGUCAUUAAAGUGUAUUAAAAUUUCAUUAUUCCCAUCUGUUACAACUUUUAUCUAUUUUACAUAAAUUCAGGCUUACAUACCCCAGUGGUCUUAAACUAAUGUCCAAUUAAGAAUAUGUAAAGACGCCAUUAAUAUGGAUUACAUGAUGACUAAAUACCACACAUGUACAACACACACACAUGCACAAACUAGUCUUAAAGACUAAGGUUAAUUAAAAAAAAUAAUAAUCAAUCUCUGACUUUCUCUUCCUAUCAAAACUAUAUAUUCUGCUUCAGUGCCAUGGAAAUCAAAUCAGAAGUCCUUCCUGUCCAAUACACGUUAUCUGACAGCCUUCACUACCCUGAAGCUCACUGUAGGAAGCCUUCUUGUAAGCACUAUAAAAUCACAUGCUUCCAGAGAAAUUAUCUAUGAAGUUUUAACAGGAGAGGUUUAUUAUAUCACAAAGCAUAAGAGUAUACAUCCUCACAAACAUGGUUUAUUUUUAACAUAUAGUUCUUGUACAUUACAUCAAGGCUAUUCCUAAUCAUUGAACUUCUAGACUAUUUCCAUGAAAUGUCCAGAUUUUUAUUACCCAUACAGCUGUACAGUCCACUUUUGAUCCUGCUGAUACAUUAGCUGCAGCUAAAUACUCAUUUUUAUCAGCUUCAAUUUGCCACCUUUCAAUGUUUUUCAGCGUAUCACUGCUUGUGUGUCAGAAGGAAUGUUCCUAGAUGAUUUGUUCUGUAUCAUACACUAUUUUUAAAUGUUUUACAUAUCACUCUGUUUCCUUUCUUAUUAGUCCUCUUUCAGAAUCUAGUUGUGAAGCAUUUUCUCAAUACUUCAAAUCACUUUCAUUGCUCAUAGUGGAAUCUUUCUCAUCCUAUCCUCUGACUCCAGCAAAAUACCUGUACAGAAAAGGUGGCCCUGAUGAGCACAAUAGUGCAAGUGAGGGAACGCCACUGGUCAGUCCUGGGUUUGUGAGUUAAAGAAAAACUCCAGGUAAAUACAAACACAUUUUUGUUUCAAAAAUAAUAUUAAAAAACAAAAACAAACAAACAAAAAAACCACCGAAAAGAACCCCUAGACUUUUACUUGUGAAAUACAGGUACUGGCUGUAGGUUUUGGAUUUUAACGACAGCUGCAUUUUUGUUUAAUAACAACAACAACAACAAAAACCCAACAACAAAAAAUGGUGCUUGAAAAGCAAUCCACAGCUGUUUCUACAGAAAGCCCAUUUUGUUCUUUACUCUGAAAGAGCUAUUGUUCUGUUUAAAAAUAGCUUCAACAGAACAGCCAAAUAUCAGGUAACGAUUUUGAAAACGAGUUCCAGAAUACAACUAAGAGUGUAUGGACUGCUGAGUUGCAACAGUGCUGCUGGGCUUUUAGCAAAAGAAACUGUAUCGUUCUAAGCAGCCUUAAUGACUAUAGCAUUGCUUCUGUGUUAGAGAAGCCAUAGGAAGCACAGUUAAACACAUCCUCACACUGAAAGUAAGGUGGGCUGGCACUGAUUUCCUGUGUGACUAUGGGUCAAAGGCAGAUUCAACUAUUUGGCCUUUUAUUCCUCAUCUGUAAAAUUACAAACACAGAAAUACAAAAUGGUAUUAGCCACCUUUGGAAUGCUUUGAGAUCUUUUACUGCAAAAGGAUGUGUAAUCUUCUUUACUUAACAAAUAAAGGCUUUUGAUGUAAA